GGAGAGCUUUAACUUUGAUGAGUCUAGCUGGGUGCAUGCACACAUGAGGGUCAGGGCCUAGUUGCUAGUACUACAGGUGAUCGUGCUGCACACAAAAUCGAUAGGAUAUAUUAUUCAACUGGAUAAUUGAAGGUUAGAAAAACAGGAUGGUUAGUUUUCAGUGUCAAGACAGUAAAGGAAUAUUCGAGGAUGCUACCUUUCCUUUUCUACAACUGCAGAUAGGCAUUGCUAUUUUGCUCACGGGAAUCUUCAACGUCCUUCUUGGUCAUUUGGACCAAAUUAAAUAUGUUUCAUCAGCCUUUGCUGGUAUUGCGGUAGGGAUCAUAGGUCCAUUCUUGGGUAGCACGAAAUAUUUUCAAGCGAUAGCGGAGAAUUCAGAAUGGCUUGGCUUAGUCGAACUUAUUUCAUUUAUUACGUUGACGUGCUUCUCAUUCCUUGUUGGAGUGAAAACAGACAUGAAUAUGGUGGUGAAUGCAAGAAAAACAACUUACAUCAUAGGCUUUUCUACUUUCAUUUUCCCUCUACUCGUCAAUGCAGUUCUGAGUGUCGUGAUCAUGAAAACCAUUACGAUGGAAAAUGAACUGAGCGAUUCUCUCAAAUUCAUUUCACUGGCGGUAUCUACCACUUCUUUCUAUGAUACGGCUUGUGCCGUCAAUGACAUGAACCUCCUCAACUCAGAGAUAGGUCGUCUAGCCUUGGCCAUUUCGAUAAUCACCGGGUUGUUCAGUUGGGGGUUCGCUUUUGGACUCACCUUAAUAGCUGAAUUCAUGGCAAUGAAGCGAAAAUUACUGAUAAUUUCAGUGAUAAGUAAAUUUGCCUUGUUGAUAUUCGUCCUAUUCAUUGUACGUCCAGUAGUUUCGUGGAUGAAUAGAAAAACUCCAGAAGGAAAAACAUUGAGGGAGGGUUAUGUUUCCGUGAUCAUUAGCACUGUCUUGGGAGUUGCAUUUUACAGCGAGUUCGUUGGGCAACACGGGAUGUUCGGACCACUUAUGCUUGGACUGGUGGUACCUGUUGGGACUCCUGUGGGAAUAGCUGUUCAAAAAAAGCUCGACUGCUUCGUUACCUAUGUGCUCAUGCCAACUAUUUACAUUGUAGCAGGUUAUAAAGUACAAAAGUUCGAAUCCAAGUUAAGGAAUUGGGUAAUUGUGGAGUUUAUGAUAUUCUUUGCUUGUUUUUCGAAGAUUAUUGCAGUAAUGUUGUCUUCACUCUACUGCCAGUUUCCUAUUCAAGACUCCUUCUUGCUCGGUCUCAUAUUAAACUGUGCUGGCAUAUUUUACCUCAUAUUUUGUAUUUCAAUGGAUAGAGAGAAGUUUAUCGACCAACCAACUUACACGUACAUGCUUCUCACAAGUAUUUUGAUAACGAUGGUAUGCACACCUAUAGUGAAAUUUUUUUAUGAUCCUUCGAGUAGGUACACAAGCUACAAGAGACAAACUAUUCAGAACUCUUCUGUCAAGGAAGAGCUUCGAAUACUUGCUUGUGUUUACAACCAAGAAAACGUUCCAAGCAUCCUCAACUUCCUUGAAGCAACUAAUCCAAAAAAGAUAGCACUGUGUGCAUCUAUAUCUUGCACCUCGUUGAGCUGA